UCACAGCCCACAAAACCAAACCACCCCUUCCCAAUCAAAUUCAUCCCGUCCGUACACGUGCCCCUUUUUCUCCCUCCCUGUAACUCUAUCUUCUUCACCCAUUCCCCACCAAAAAUACAAAAGGAAAAAAUUUCGUCCUAAAUUUAAUUUAAAACACGAAAUUUCCAGACUCUGUUUCUCGAAAAAUCAAAAGAACUAAAAAAAGUAAAAGAUCAUGUCGGAAAAGAACACUUCUCUGCAUCGAAGAAUUUGGAGUCGAUCUUUCACGCACUCGUUAAGAUCAUCGAAGAAGAUAGCUAACCCGGACAACAAUUCGUAUCCAGAUGUUUCUAGUUACGAAUCUUCUUCUUCUUCCAGUAGUAUAAUUGUUCUGGGAAGCGACGGUGCCGUUGGAGCUUCUCCGCCGUCGUCGCGGUGGGCGGAUAUGCUGCCGGAGAUCUUAGGAGAGAUCAUACAACGUGUGGAGGCUUCUGAGGAUAAGUGGCCGCUCCGUCGAAACGUCGUCGCUUGUGGAUGCGUUUGUAAAGGUUGGAGAGUGGUAACUAAAGAUAUUGUAGCGUCCUGCUCCCGUCAACAGGAAACUGCUGCUAAGAUCACCUUCCCUUCUUGUCUCAGAAAGCCGGGGCCGCGGGAGUAUCCACUUCAAUGUUUAAUAAAACGUGACAAGAAGAGUGGUAUUUUUUACCUCUAUCUUUCCCUUUCACCAUCAACAUUCACGGAUAAGGGAAAGUUCCUCUUAGCAGCUCGUAGGCAUGGGAAGGGUACACAUACGGAGUAUAUAAUCUCUCUUGAUGCCGAAGAUUUUUCUCAAGGAAGUAAUGCAUAUGUUGGAAAAUUGAGAUCAGAUUUUCUCGGCACCAAUUUCACCAUUUAUGAUAGCCAACCUCCAUCUGGAGCGAAGUCAUCAAGCAACAAGGCCAGCCGUAGAUUUGCCUGCAACCAAAUAAGCCCCCAAGUUCCAGCAGGUAAUUUUGAGAUUGGCGAAGUGUCCUACAAAUUCAACCUCCUAAAAUCAAGAGGCCCGAGGAGGAUGGAAUGCUCACUAAGGUGUCCAUGGUCCGGCGAAACAACCUCGGACAACAAAGAGGGUUCAAAAACACAGGAUCAACCGUCCACUGUAUGUAGCAAUACUGUUUUAAGAAACAAAGCUCCAAGAUGGCAAGAGCACUUGCAAUGUUGGUGUCUAAAUUUUCACGGCAGGGUCACGGUCGCGUCAGUGAAGAACUUUCAGCUGGUUGCUAUCAUGGACCAGAGCCAGCCAGGUGGGAAAGGAGACGAGGAAACAGUUCUCCUCCAGUUUGGCAAGGUUGGGGAUGAUACUUUUACAAUGGAUUAUAGGCAGCCAUUGUCAGCUUUCCAAGCUUUUGCCAUUUGCCUAACCAGUUUCGGUACAAAGCUUGCUUGUGAAUAACAAUUGGAUGUUGUUAUAUGAUGUCCACAAGAUUUUUGCCACUGUACCAGUGUGACAUAUACCUUUUUUUUUCUCAGAAAGAAAAAGAAAAAAAAAAUGUUUUUCCCUCUAUUUAUGUACGGGUGAAUUUUCUGGUUCACACUUCGGACAGACUGUACUUAUGAAUUUUGUAAAUAAUAAUUUAUAUAAAGUAUGCAAAAGAAAACCAGAAUAUUAAUAACCAUAAUAAUAACAAUUAUUCCAUUUGUAUUAUAUUAUCUUAAUUUUCAUUGUGAACAAUAAUAUAAUUUCAUUGAAAACGAA